AAAAAAGCAUCAUUUAGUGCAAAUAGUUUAAAUCAAUCAAUAUCAACAUUAGAAACCGAUGAAUUUAGUAGUUUUAUUCAAGAAGAAUAUGGAGCUUGUUGGGGAACGCUUAAAUUCGAAGAUUCGAUUAGUGAUUAUUACAAUGAAGCUCGACCAUUUCUUUGUAUUGAUCAUACUGCUGAUUUGCAUGUUCUGCGUCAUUUUAUGGUUAAUGAAUGGAAAUUACAGGGAACAAAUAUGGUUAUACCUGUUCUAAGCGGUAUUACAAAUCAUAAACCAUUUAAAAAUGUUAAAAUGACUGAAACAUUAAAAAGUGGUAUUAAAAAUGCUGCAAAUGCAUCUGAAAUAUGGUUUAUAACAAAUGGUAUUGAUGCUGGUAUGCCACAAUUAAUUGGAUCAGCAUUUCGAGAUGAAACUACAUUAAGACGAGCUGAUGAUGCAUGGGCUAUACAAAUGGAACGAUCACCAAAAAAACGUAAAGCACUUAUUAUAAUUGGUAUUGUAUGUGAUGAUGAAAUAAAAGAGGCAAUUGAAUUUAAAUUUGGUAAAGAUCGAAGUAAAAUGGAAGUUAAAGUCCCAUCACGUAAACGUGAUCAAUUAUCAUUAAAUAGUGAUCAUACACAUUUUAUAAUUAUUCGUGAAGAACCUGUUGGUUCAUAUGUAUCAAAGAAUACAGGAAAAAAAUCGACGACAAAUGAAACUAAUGAUAAAUCUUUAGAAAAAUUAACUGAUUCAGCUGGAAGUGCUACAAAUAAAUUUCGUAAUCGUUUUGAAGAUUUUUUACAUCAAGAAGCAUCACAACAACAACAACAAGCACCACCAGCAACAACAGAUUCUGUAUUAGAAACAUCAAAAAAAACAAAUCCAUGGACUGAAGAUGGUUUUCCAAUGGUAUGCACAUUAGUUCGUGGUACACCUGGAACUAUUGAACUUUUAUAUCAUAAAAUACAACAAGAAGUUCCUGUUGUUAUUCUUAAAGGAACUGGAUCAGCUGCUGAUAUAAUUGCAUUUGCUUAUGAAGAAAUGAAUGCUAAAAAUGAUCGAGAAUAUGAAGAUAGUUAUUUAAAAGUUGAAUUAGCACGACGUUUACUUGAUGAAUAUCCUGCAUUAAAAGAUAAUAAUGUACGACGAAAUGAAAUUCGUGAUCAUAUUAUAGCAAUUGUUAAAAAAGCUGAUCAAGGAAAAAGAAAAUUUUUAACAUUUCUUGAUGUUAAUAGUACAACAGCAUCAUUAAAUGAUUUUCAUAAAUUUAUUCUUUCAGCUCUUUUACAAUCUCAAAAAGCUGUAACUGGUAGUAAAGUUAAUGUUCAAUUAAAACGAAAUCUUCUUUUAACACUUGAUUGGAAUUUACCGGAUUUAGCUUUAUCAGAAAUUUUUCAACGUGAUGAUGAUAUGAAAUAUACAAUUCAAACAGAUUUAUUUGAUAAAGCUUUACUUGGAAAAAAACUUGAACCAUUUGUUGAUUUAUUUCUUGAUCGAGAAUUUGUUUUACAUCGAUAUUUAAAAUCUGAUAAAUUAGUUGCUUUAUUUAAUCAAGCAAAAGAUCGAGAAUUUUUAACAACAACAUCACUUGAAGGAAUUCUUGGUUUAACUGGAGAUGAAGAAGAAAUGCCUGAAGAUUUUGUUGAACAUGGUCUUAAUAUAAUUGUUAAACGUUUAACUGGUAUUAGCCAUUUUUUUAGUAAACAUGAAAUGGAUUGUAAUGCUAUGGGAAUUUAUUUUGGUGAUAAAUCAGAUAAAGGAGUUCAACGACAAAGAAUACGUGCAGAAAAAAAGGCUCUUCGACAUUUAAUUAUUUAUUCUGUAUUGAUGAAUCGACAUCAGUUAGCAAAAAUUCUUUGGAAACGUUCAUCUGAACCCAUACCAUUAGCAUUAAUUUGUUGUAUGAUGUUUAAAAAAUUAGCACCAUAUUGUCAUGAAUCUUAUCAAAGAUUAUUAAUUAAUAAACAAGCAAAAGAAUUUUCUGAUUGUGCUGUUGGUGUUCUUGAUAAAGCAUUUAAUGAAGAUAAUAUGAGAACAUUUGAAAUGCUUGAUGAAAAACAUCCAGAUUGGAAUAACAUGGCAACAGUUGAAUUAGCUUAUAAUGCUGAAAAUAAAGAAUUUAUGGCACAUGCUGCUUGUCAAAAAUGGGUUACACGACAAUUUUAUGGUGAAAUUACUCCAAGAGAACUUUCAUGGGGAUUAUUUAAAUGUCCUGAUUAUUUCAAAAUUAUAUGUAGUGCUAUAUUUAUAUUUCCAAUGUGGUUUUGGAUAAAUUUCUCUCCAAUUGGUCAAGCACCACCUGCACCCAAAAAAGCCAGUGAUUUACAAAAUGAUAAAAACACAUCGAAAGAACCAGACGCAGCAAUUGAAGAGGGAAAACAAUUAGCUGAACAUGUUGGACAAGUGAGCGUUCGAGAAGGAAAUAGUUUUUUUCAACGAACAAGACGUACUCUUCAACAGAAGUUUAAACGAAAUAAAAGUGCACCACCACCAACGAAUUCUGAUGAAGAACCAAUGAGUCAUUUUGAAGAAAUUCAAGUUUUAUGGUCGGCACCUAUUACAAAAUUUUAUACAAAUUUUGUUGCUUAUAUUGCAUUUCUGUCAUUUUUUACAUUGGCUGUUAUGUGGCCAACAUGUGGAAAUUUAUUAUUAGAUUGUAUUGUUUGGUUUUGGACAGCAUCAAUUGCAUUUGAAAAUACUCGUGUUGCUUAUGAAAAAUAUUGUUCACAAAGUAGUUUACCUUUACAACGAGCUGUAUUAGAAGUUAUUGUACAAACGACAUUCCUUGCACUUUAUCUUAUUUUUCGAAUUAUUGGUUUAUGGAAUUUCGGAACUUGUCAAAUUUUGACAGCUAAAGCAAUAUUAGGCAUUGGAUUGAUUUAUUAUUAUUAUCGAAUAUUAUUCAUUUUCUUUCCAAUUAGUCCUAAACUAGGUCCGAUGAUGAUUCGUCUUCGUUGUAUGAUUAUGGAUGAUUUUUUUACAUUUUUACAAUUAUUCGUUAUUUUUAUGAUCUCAUCUGGUGUUGCUAUAACUGCAGUACUUUAUCCACAUUAUCCAUUGGGUUUAGAAUUAUUUACCAAAGCUUUUGUAUUUCGUGGUUUAAUGGCAUUAUUUAGUAGUGAAAUGGCUGAUUUGAAAAAUUCACAUCAAGCAUGUGCAAUAAAUGCAUCAAGGCAAACAGAAAGUGAAUAUGCUUGUCUACGAUUAUCACAUGGUCUUGCAUUUAAAUAUGAUAAUCCUGCUGCAUAUAGUCAUUAUGGAAUAUCAGCACCCAAAUGUAAUCAAACAUCAUGGAUAGCAUGGGUUUUACUUAUACAAUAUUUCUUCUUGGCAAAACGUUUUCUUACAUCACUUUUAACAGCUAUGUUUGGUUUAACUGGAGCAAGAGUACAAAGUCAAUCGGAACAAAUUUGGUUGUAUAAUCGUUAUGAAAUUGUCAUGGAAUAUGCUAAACGACCACGUUUACCACCACCUUUUGUUGUUAUUUCUUAUAUUGGUAUGCUAAUUGCAAGUAUUAGUCGACGUUGCGUUUUAAGAUUAAAAGAAUAUUCUGAUAAGAAAAAUAGCGCUGGACAUCGACCACGUGCUGUAUCGACAGCAUCAAGUUUUCAAAUUUAUCGUGACAAUGUCAAUCCUAAUAAUAAUGUUACUACUCCGCUUGUUUCAAAAAUGGAUACGAAUAAUCUAGAAGAAUUAAAUAAUAAAUCAGUUGAAGUCAUUGAAGAUCGUUCAUUACUUGGACGUUUACUUAGUUGUAAACCAUGUCGACAAGUUACUGACAAUCAAAAACAUCAACUUGAAUUAUCUAAACGGAAUUGGGAAGAUAGUGAAGCUAAUAUCUAUUGGAAAUAUAAAGCAAAAGAAUUUUAUGCUAAAACACAAGAAGCGGAUAAAGUACAAGAAAAACUUGAUGGUCUUACUAAUAAUGUAACAAGUGUACAAAAAGAUAUGGAUGUACAACGAAAAUCAUUGAGACAAAUAAAUGAUCGUGUUGUUUCAUUAGAAAAGAUAAUGAUUGAUUCACAUAUAUUACUUGAAAAAAUUCGUUCAACUAUUCAACAAGAAGAUAAAUCUUUACCUGAAAGUCAAAAAUUUAUUCAUAUUUUAUCAAGAGAAUCACCUUAUACGUAUACAAAUGAAGCACGAUUUCCAGUUACAGAACGAUAUAUUUCAUGGAAGAUUCCAUUUGAUUUAUAUGAUCCAACAAUAAUUGUUUUACCAAAAGACCAUCAAUGUUUUCGAGAUGAUGAACGACCAUUUGUUGAACCUAAUAUAUUAAAAUUACAUUCAGAUGAUGAUGAGGAAUCUGAUGUAGCUAUUGAUACAUUAGUUACACCAACAACUCCAACUGUUCCAUCAGGUACAUUUGGUGCUAUUGAACCUGUAGUAUCAAUAAUACCAAGUGAUUUUAUUAUUCCAUUCUUAGCAAAUAAAUGGAAUCAAAUUGUUGAAAUAGAAUUACCUGAUGGAAAAAAGAUGAUUGUUGAUCGAAAAACUUGGAUAACAAAUCCUGGAGAUAAAAUAGGAAUAAUGUAUAAUUUAGAUACUCAGUUAUUAUUACCAUUAAAUCCAAUGGGUCGAACAGGUGUACGUGGUCGUGGUGCUUUAAUGCGAUGGGGACCCAAUAAAUCUAUUAUGGCUAUAAUAACACGAUGGAAAAAACAUCGUGGUCAAUUUGCUGUUAUUGAUGGACAAAGAAUAUUAGAAGCUUUAGUAUUUAAAGAUAAACUUACUAAUGAUUGGAAAUUACCUGGAGGAAAAAUUUUAGGUAUUGAAACUCCUUAUGGUGCUGUAUGUCGUAGUUUUAAUAAACUUGCUCUACAAGAUGAUGAUUCCGAACAUAGUUUAUCGUUACAAGAAUCUGAUAUGAUUAAUCAUUUCGAAUCAUUUGCUCGUUCGUCUACUAGUUCUGAUGAACAAACUGGAUUUGAAAAGCAUAUGGUCUAUCAAGGAUAUAUUGAUGAUGUACGCAAUACAGACAAUUCUUGGGUAGAAGCAGAAAUAUGGAAUUUUCAUUAUGGUUCAGCAAUAUCAUUUCCUAAUCUACGUACAGAUGGUAUGGCAUUAUGGAAAGACGUGACGUAUAAUUCUCGAGGUUUUCUAAUGCAAACAUCAAUAUUACGUGAAAUAGCUCGAAUUCAUGAUGCUUAUUUUGAGUAA